AUGAAAUCGAAUGAAAAAGAUGAUAUAAGUAUAAAUUCAGCUCCACAAUAUACCGAAUCAAGUCUACCGAAGAAUUCAAAAUGGCAACAAUUUAAAGAUUCUUUUAAAAGAGUAGACACAACAAACUCAAAUAUAAAUUUAACUGAUGUAGAAAAAGCAAAUCAAUUAUCAAACAAUAAUGAUUUACAUCGAUCUUUAAAACUGAGACAAAUUCAGAUGAUUGCAUUAGGAGGCAGUAUAGGAACUGGUUUGCUAAUUGGAUCUGGUGGGGCAUUAGCUAAAGGUGGACCUGCUUCAUUAUUGAUAUCUUAUGGAUUAGUUGGUACCAUGGUUUUUUGUGUAAUCCAUGCUUUGGGUGAAUUAUGUGUUGCAUUUCCUGUUGCUGGAGCUUUUUCAACUUAUGCAACUAGAUUUGUUGAUUCUUCAUGGGGAUUUGCAGUUGGUUGGAAUUAUGCUAUUAUGUGGUUAAUUGUUUUACCUUUAGAAUUAGUCGCUGCAGCAAUGUGCAUAAAGUAUUGGAAUGAUAAAAUAAAUCCUGCAAGUUGGGUAGCUAUUUUUUAUGUUUUUAUUGUUGCAAUCAAUUUAUUUGGAGUAAAAGGAUAUGGUGAAGCUGAAUUUUAUUUAACUAUAUUAAAAGUCAUUGCAAUUGUUGGGUUUAUUAUUUUAGGAGUGGUUUUAGUAUGUGGUGGUGGUCCAAAUCAUGAAUUUAUUGGAAGCAAAAAUUGGAAAAUUCCAUUUACCAAUGGAUUCAAGGGGUUAUGUGUUACUUUUAUUACCGCUUCAUAUUCUUUAGCAGGUUCUGAGCUAGUAGGAUUAACGAGUGCUGAAACAAGCAAUCCUCAUAAAACUUUACCAAAAGCUGUUCGUCAAAUCUUUUGGAGGCUUUUUUUAUUUUAUUUUUUAUCAUUAACUUUUAUUGGUUUAUUAGUUCCUGCAGAUUCACCUGAAUUAUUAGGAUCCAGUGAUACUUCAGCAUCCCCAUUUGUGUUGGCAAUUAAAGCUGGAGGUAUUUAUGCUUUACCAUCAAUUUUUAAUGCUUGUAUUUUAAUUUCGAUUUUAUCAGUUGGUAAUAGUGCGGUUUAUGGAUGUAGUAGAACCAUUCAAAGUCUUGGAGCUCAAGGUCUUGCACCUUCAAUAUUUGCUUAUGUUGAUAGAAAAGGACGUCCUUUAGUUGGUUUAAUAAUAUCUGCAAUUUUUGGUUUGUUGUGUUUUUUAUCAGCUUACAAAGAUGAAGAAACUGUUUUUAACUGGUUAUUAUCCGUUAGUGGAUUAGCAACCAUAUUCUCAUGGUUUAAUAUUGGUUUAUGUCAUGUAAGAUUUAGACUUGCAAUGUUUAAACAAGGUAAAUCAAUGGAUGAAUUGAUUUUUAAAUCAGUUACAGGAAUUUAUGGUACAAUUUAUUCAAUGGGAUUACUAUUAUUAGUUUUGGGAGUUCAAUUCUGGACUGCUUUGUUUCCAUUAGGUUCCAAUGGAAAAGCAAAUGCCACUAGUUUUUUUCAAAAUUAUUUAGGUUCAGUUGUUAUCCUUGUUUUUUAUUUAUGUCACAAGAUUUACACAAAAAAUUGGAGGUUAUAUAUAAAGUUAAAAGACAUUGAUUUAGACCUGGGAAGAAGAGAUGUUGAUUUAGAGUUAAUCAAGGCUGAGUUGGAGCAAGAACGAGAAUUGAAUAAGUCAAGAUCAGUAUUUAUAAGAGUAUGGAAAUAUUGGUGCUAG